UCCACAGUACAAAAGUUUGUGUCUCAGCAAACUGAUUGAUUGCGACAGUGCUGGAGAGCAUACUGAUUGUUCCAUUUCCUUCAUAGGCUCUGCUCUUCAGGAUCAAGCCUUGAGGCUAGGAGUUCCCGUGGGGAUCCUGUCAGCCCGGAUGUUCGCCGGCUGUGUGGAGCAGGUCUGCGCAGAGCCCAGCAACCCUGUGCUACUCAACGCCGAGCAAAGAAAGAAACUCUCUUCCUUGUUAGACAUUGCUCAGUAUUUAUUGACGCACAAUAUGUUCUCCCGUCUCUCCUUCUGUCAAGAAUUAUGGAAAGCACAGAACUCUUUGUUGCUUGAAGCUGUGUGGCGUCUUCAUGCACAAAACGUUGUGAACUUACAAGAGCUGCUGGAAAGUCAUCCUGACAUGCAGGCCAUGGCCACGUGGCUCUUUGGGAACCUGUGUCUUCUGUGUGAGCAGACCGACGCGUCCUGCCCGUCCACUGACAUUGCUGAGGCCAUGCUUUCCGGUUUGGUGCAACUAUUAGUUUUGAGGGGAUUUCAGGAAAACUUGGCUCUGAAAAGAACUGUGACACCUGAAAAGAUGCCCCAGGUCGCCAUCGAUGUUCUGCAGAGAAUGUCAGUUUUUGCACUUGACACCCUGGCUGCUGGCCGACUGGACACCUCAGAUCACAAGGCAGUGAGGGGCUGGUUUGGUGUGUACAGUGGACGCUCAUGCUGUGGUAUGAUCGGGGUGGAUUCUCUAAAGAGGUUCUUCAGUCACACUCUCACUCAGAUUCUGACUCACAACCCUGUGCUGAAAGUGUCUGAUGCCAUCCAAAUGCAGAAAGAGUGGAGCUUUGCAAAGACCCACCCUCUGCUCACCACUCUAUAUUGCAGGCUCUUUGUGAUGUUGAGUCCUGAGGAGUCUAUUAGCCAUUUGAAGGAAGUCCUAGAGAUGCAAGAGGUUAACUGGCAACGUGUGCUAUCCUGCGUGUCUACACUGGUUACUUGCUUCCCUGAGGCACAGCAGCUGGUUAAAGAUUGGGUGGCCUGUUUGAUGACCCGUGCUUUUGAGAGCUACCACUUGGACAACAUGGUCACUGCAUUCCUGGUUGUGCGCCAAGCCGCACUGGAGGGCCCUUCCAUAUUCCCAUCCUAUGCUGACUGGUUCAAGGCCUCUUUUGGAAGCUCACAUGGCUACCACGGUUGUAGCAAGAAGGCCCUGGUCUUCUUGUUAAAGUUCCUGUCUGACCUCGUGCCCUGGGAAGACCCCCGGUACAUGCAGGUGCAUAUUCUCCACCCACCGCUGGUCCCAGACAAGUACCGCUCCCUCCUCAUGGACUACGUCUCCUUGGCCAAGACACGGCUUGCUGACCUCAAGGUUUCCCUGGAGAACAUGGGACUCUACAAGACUUCUUCCUCCUCUGAGGACAUUGCAGAGCCUCAUAACCAAGCAAUACAGGACGUGGAAAGGGCCAUUGUGGUGUUUGAACACAAAGGGAGAAUCCCAGAGCCUGUCAUGGAGGCCAGCAUCUUCAGGAGGCCCUACUACCUGUCACACUUCCUUCCUGCCCUGCUCACUCCACGAGUGCUCCCGGUGGUCCCUGACUCCCGAAUGGCUUUUAUAGAGACUCUGAAGAGAGCGAAUAAGAUUCCCUCGUCCCUGUACAGUGUCUACAGUCAAGCCUGCGCCACCGCCAAGGAGAAGCAAUGUGACAGAACAAGGACAGAACCCACCUGUGCUGAAGGGCCCCUAGGACCACUCACAGCUGCACUUGAAGAGCUCCGAGCUUUAAUGACAGACCCCACCCAGUAUGAUGUUAUAUCUGCUCAGGUGGCCGUGAUUUCUGAAAGACUGGGUGCUGCUUUGGGUCGCAGUAAGGAUGACAGCAGCCUAGAGAGAUUGAAGAUUCGGCUCAACAUCCUUGCUCCCAGACUCGAGGGGCAGGACCAGGUGGUUGUGGAUCUCCUGCUCAAAGCCUUCUGUCAGAAUCUGAUGGCAGCCUCCAGCUUUGUGCCUCCAGAGAGGCAGAGUCCCUGGGCUGCUCUCUUUGUUAGGACCCUGUGUGGACACAUGCUGUUCCCUGCAGUACUUGCCCGCCUCUGCCAGCUACUCCGUCACCAGGGCCCAAACCUGAGUACCCCACAUAUACUGGGAUUGGCUGCUCUGGCUGUCCACCUUGGCGAGUCUAGAUCCAUGCUCCCAGAGGUGGAUCUGAGUCCUCCUGCCCCCACCGGCAGCUGUCCUAUCCCCAAGUUCCUGAACAGCCUGUUGUCCUGCUGCACCAGGGAGUCCUUGCUCUUCUCCAUGAAAUUCUGUACAGCAGCAAUUUCUUACUCUCUGUGCAAAUUCUCUUCCCAGCCCCAUGAUACCUUGCACAGCUAUUUAUCUCCAGGCCUGGUCAAAAAGUUUCAGUUCAUAGUGUUCAGAUUGUUCCCAGAGGCCCGAGCACCUUGCCCUCCAGAGGACACAGCUGGCCUCGCCUGGAGACCCUUGUACCUUCCUUCUGCAGACUGGCAGAGUGCUGCGUUCUCUUUGUGGAGACAGAGCAGCUUCCAAGAGCUGUUGAAGGAGACGGAGUUUCAUUUAACUUACAGAGACUGGCUACAGCUGGAACUGGAAAUUCAACCGGAAGCCGAUAUUCUCUCAGAUACAGAAAGACAGGACUUCCACCAGUGGGCAAUCCAUGAGCACUAUCUCCCUGCCCCCUCGGCUUCAGGGGGCUGUGAUGGAGACCUGGAAGUGGCAUGCACAGUCCUGGUCAGUGAGCUGAUGGACUUCUUUCAAAGCUCGAGGAAUUAUAAUCACCCAGAGAACUCUGAAUUAGUCCUUGGUGGCCGCACAGGAAAUGAAGAUGUCCUUUCUAGGCUGCAGGAAAUGGCUGUGGAUCUGGAGCUGGAACAGGGCUGUGCCUUGCCCCACACCCAAUCUACCUCUCAGGGACACUUUAUCUUCCGGGUGUUCCGAAGACGGCUCCAGGCUCUGUCAAGUGAGACUGGUGUAGCCAGCAGCCUUAGGAGACAGCACGAACUGCUCAUGUGUAAACGGCUCCUCCUCCGCCUGCCUUCAUCUUAUCUUGUGGGCAUCCCCCAGCUUGGACAGACCCUUAACUGUGAGGAAUUCUUCCACCUGGUCAAUUCUGAGUUGAGAAACUUCUGUUGUCAUGGCAGCAUCCUGACCCACGAUAUUACCGUCCACUUCUUCAGGGGGCUCCUCAAUGCCUGCUUUCACAGCCAAGACCCCUCCUCAACAGUCAAUCUGACCCUGACAGAGUGCCAGAGCAAAUGCCCCGUGAUUCUGACCUCUGCGCUGUACUGGUGGUCAAGCCUGGAGCCAGUGUUGUGUAGUCGGUGGAAGAAAUGCUUCCAGAACACACUUCCCCGGGAGCUACAGAGGUUGCAGGAGUCCCAGCAGUUUGCUAGCAAUUUCCUUUCCUCUGAUUCAGCUUCCCCUGCACCCAGCCCAGCCUGGGUCUCAGCUGCUGCACUGUACUUUGCAGUUAGAGAAGUCAGGAAGGAAAAUAUCAAAAGACAACUAAAGAAGCUGGACUGUGAAAGAGAGGAGCUACUUGUCUCCCUUCUGUUCUUCUCCUUGAUGGGCCUAAUCUCAUCCUAUCUGACUCCACCGGUGGACACUGCUGAGUCCCUAAAGGCUGUGGACAUCUGUGCCGAGGUCCUCAUGUGCUUGAAAAGGAAGAAAGUGUCCUGGCUGGUGCUCUUUCAGUUAACAGAAACAGAUGCAAGGUUGGGGUACCUCCUCCGGUUGGCCCCAGAUCAGCAUACCAGGCUGCUGCCAUUUGCCUUCUACAGUCUUCUCUCCUACUUCACUGAAGAUGCUAUCAUCAGGGAAGAAGCCUUCCUACGUACUGCAGUUGACAUGUACCUCAAGUUGAUCCAGCUCUUUGUGGAUGGGGAAACCAGGGCUGUGUCACCUCUGGCAAGCAGAAGUCUGCAGCUUCAGGGACAGUCUAGGCCCCAGGGCAACCCUGUACAGCUGAUAACAGAGGCACAAGUUUUUCUGCUGCAGUUAAUACCUCAGUGCCCAAAACAGAGCUUCUCAAACAUGACAGAGCUGCUGGCUGGUCGUGAAGAUUGUGACCCUGAAGUGAGUGCUGCCCUCCUGCGCAGGCAGCAGGCUAACCCCAAUUUUGACCUCUAUCAAGAGCCCCAUCUCUUUUGACUAAGCUUGUCUCAGUGCACCAACUGUCUCCUUUGUAAAUAAUUUAUUGCAAGCAUAACAUGGAGCUCCAGUUACACUAGAAAGUGGAUUACAAAUCUCCUUGAUUGCUCUAGUUGGGAAAAUCAAUCAAUUAUUCAUAAUCUGUGCCUGUCCCAAGUUGCUCAGUGUUCAUAGGAAAAUAAACUGCUGGUCCCAAAGCAGA